AUGGAGCUGGACCAAACAAGCGAAGGAGAGUCGGGCAGGAUAAGGCAGGAGCAGGUGCGGACGGCUUGUGCUUGGAGCGCGGCGGCCUGCACAGGUAGCAGGUCAACGCUGCCAAGCAGAGCUCCUAAAGAGACAGUAGAGGAAAAAAUUAAAGUGGUUCCUAUCUAUGCAUUUCCUUUGGGGACUGUGAGCGCUAAUGUCCUGAUCUUCCUGUGCACCAAUAUCAUCGGCAUCUGUACGCACUACCCUGCUGAAGUUUCCCAGAGACAAGCCUUUCAGGAGACCAGAGGCUACAUCCAGGCCAGGCUUCACCUGCAGAGGGAGAACCAGCAGCAGGAACGUCUGUUGCUUUCAGUGUUGCCAAGGCAUGUUGCUAUGGAGAUGAAGGCUGACAUCAAUGCCAAGAAAGAAGACAUGAUGUUUCAUAAGAUCUAUAUCCAGAAACAUGACAAUGUCAGCAUUCUGUUUGCUGACAUCGAGGGUUUCACCAGCCUGGCGUCCCAGUGCACGGCCCAGGAGCUGGUCAUGACGCUCAACGAGCUGUUUGCCCGUUUUGACAAGCUGGCGUCGGAGAACCACUGUCUCCGUAUCAAAAUUCUGGGUGAUUGUUACUACUGCGUGUCCGGGCUGCCCGAGCCGAGGGCCGACCACGCCCACUGCUGCGUGGAGAUGGGCGUGGACAUGAUCGAGGCCAUCUCGUUGGUGCGGGAGGUGACGGGGGUCAACGUGAACAUGCGCGUGGGCAUCCACAGCGGGCGGGUGCACUGCGGAGUGCUGGGGCUCCGGAAGUGGCAGUUUGACGUGUGGUCAAACGAUGUCACGCUGGCCAAUCACAUGGAAGCCGGAGGCAAAGCAGGACGGAUCCACAUCACAAAGGCCACUUUGCAGUACCUGAAUGGGGACUACGAAGUGGAGCCAGGGUUCGGGGGGGAGAGGAAUGCAUAUCUGAAGGAAAACAGCAUUGAGACUUUCCUGGUCCUCGGCUGCAGCCAGAAACGGAAGGAGGAGAAGGCAAUGAUGGCGAAGAUGCAGCGGACGAGGACCAACUCCAACGAGGGGCUGAUGCCCCGCUGGGUCCCGGACAGAACCUUCGCCAGGACCAAAGACUCUAAAGUCUUUAGACAAAUGGGGAUCGAUGAGACCUCCAGUAAAGACAACCGUGGAGUUCAGGAGGCCAUGAACCCAGAGGACGAGGUGGACGAAUUUCUGGGGCGAGCUAUUGACGCCCGGAGUAUAGACCAGCUCCGAAAAGACCACGUCAAGAAGUUCCUGCUCACCUUCCAGACCUCCAGCCUGGAGAAAAAGGUCCAAAGACCAGUCCCUGAUGAGUGCCAGAGCUUCUGGGUUGCUACACAUUACUCCAAGAAGGUGGACGAUCGCUUUGGGGGCUAUGUCGCCUGUACUCUGCUAGUAUUCUGCUUCAUAUCUUUCAUACAGAUUGUUAUCUUUCCACACACCCCAGUAAUGCUGGGGAUAUACAUCAGUAUCUUCAUCAUACUCGCCAACAUCCUCUUCAUCUGUGCCAUAUACUCUUGCAUUAAGGUAAAGGAGCUCCUGCGGCUUCUCCAACCAAAGGAUUUGCUCGCAUGUCUGUGCUCUGGCUGCGCAUCUAAUGCGGAAACCAUUUCUAUCCCGCAGCUCUUUCCAGCUGCGAUGCAGACUGUUUCCAAGAAGAUUGUUCAGUCGCGCACCAACAGCACCCUGGUUGGAGUGUUCUCCAUCAUCCUCGUCUUCAUCUCUGCCUUUGUCAAUAUGGUAAGGUCGGCGUCGCGGGGAACCCCACCACAUUUCGCCGAGUCAGCGGCCAUGCAAUUUGCCUGCGACACCAAGAGCUUGUCGGAAUGCGUGGCUGAGAAGCUGAACACCUCUGCGGCCCUGGUGACGCCCUGCGUGAUCCACAGCCUGAAUGUGUCCAUCGAGGGGGGGCUCGAGAUCUGUCCAAGCCAAGGCCCCUCGUGCCCCUUUCCUGAGUAUUUCAGCUACAGCGUGCUGCUGACGCUGCUGGCCUGCUCCGUGUUCCUGCAGAUCAGCAGCAUAGGGAAGCUGGCCCUCAUGCUGCUCAUCCAGUUCACCUUCCUGCUGCUGGUGGAGUGGCCACAAGUAGCCCUGUUCGACAACGCAGACCUCUUUGUCACCUCCAAUGCCAUCCCAUUUGUUGUGACCAAAGUGUCCCUGCGGGUCAUGACUCCAGUGAUCCUCACAGUCUUUGUCCUGGCACUGUACCUGCACGCACAGCAGGUGGAAUCCACGGCGCGCCUCGACUUCCUGUGGAAACUACAGGCCACAGAAGAGAAAGAAGAGAUGGAGGAGCUGCAAGCCUACAAUCGCCGCCUCCUCCACAACAUUCUGCCCAAGGACGUGGCUGCCCACUUCUUGGCCCGUGAGCGGCGCAACGACGAGCUCUACUACCAGUCAUGUGAGUGUGUGGCCGUCAUGUUCGCCUCCAUCAGCAACUUCUCCGAGUUCUACGUGGAGCUGGAGGCCAACAACGAGGGAGUGGAGUGUCUCCGGCUGCUCAACGAGAUCAUCGCCGACUUUGACGAGAUCAUCAGUGAAGACAAGUACCGGCAGCUGGAGAAGAUCAAGACCAUUGGCUCCACCUACAUGGCAGCCUCGGGUCUGAAUGACUCCACCUACGACAAAGAGGGUCGUUCCCACAUCACUGCACUAGCAGACUAUGCCAUGAGACUGAGAGAGCAGAUGAAAUACAUCAACGAGCAUUCCUUUAACAACUUCCAGAUGAAGAUAGGUCUGAAUAUUGGGCCGGUGGUAGCAGGGGUUAUUGGGGCCCGGAAGCCCCAGUAUGACAUUUGGGGGAACACAGUCAAUGUGGCCAGUCGCAUGGACAGCACAGGUGUGCCUGACCGCAUACAGGUGACCACAGACCUCCACCAGGUGCUUGCACGCAAAGGAUAUGUGCUGGAGUGCCGUGGGGUUGUUAAGGUCAAAGGUAAAGGGGAAAUGACCACCUACUUCCUGAACGAUGGACCCCCCAACAGUUAG